AUGAACGCGCGGGUGACGUCAUAUUCUCUUGCCGACCACGGGGACGCGCAAGAAGCGAGUGCGCUAAGGACGGGAAGCAGCUCCUUGGAACUGAAAAACUCAACAACGAAUUGGAAUGGCUGCGAUUUCGCCCUAAUAAACGCGUUAACGUUACAAAAAUCAAAGAACAGGAAGUCCUGUUGACAUCACCUCCUGUCUGCGGCAAUGUCGUGCCGGGACAUCCACGCCACCAAUGCCUUCUCCUUCAUCAUCGCCUUCAUCUCUGUUGGCGGCAUCGCUGUGGCGGCGCUGAUCCCACAGUGGCGAGUGACACGGCUUGUCACCUUCAACAAAAACGCUAAGAACAUCAGUGUCUAUGAUGGCCUGUGGGCCAAGUGUGUGAAACAAGAUGGCUACUCUGGCUGCUACUACUACGACUCAGAGUGGUAUUCUAAAGUGGACCAGUUGGACCUGAGACUGCUCCAGUUCUGCCUACCGACUGGGCUACUGUUUGGCUCCCUGGCCCUGGUGCUGUGUAUGGCAGGCAUGUCUAAGACAUGCUGCUGCUCUGAUAAGGCUGAGACAGACAUCAAGAAUACCCGCUGUUUGGUCAACAGCGCAGGCUGCCACCUAGUGGCCGGUAUGUUCCUGUUCCUGGGUGGUGCUAUCGCCCUGGCGCCUUCCGUGUGGUUCCUGUUCCGGACCAAAGAGAUGAACAUCAGGUACGACCGCAUCUUCUCAGACGGAUUCGCGGUCUACGUGGCCAUCGGCUGUUCCGGCGGCCUCAUGCUCGCCGCCCUGCUGAUGUUCAUGUGGUACUGCAUGUGUAAGAAGCUACCCUCUCCCUUCUGGCUGCCUCUCCCCACACUCCCUAACUCCCUCUCCACCCAGCCCCUCACAGCCAACGGCUACCCCCCUUCCCCUGUCUACGGACCCCCUCAGACCUUCCCUCCACAGGGGUACGUCCCCACUGUGAUGGAUGCCCAGCCCUAUGCUCCCUCCCAGGGCUACCCUCAGAGUGUAGCCCCACUGGCCCAGCAGCCUCAGCAGGUCUAUAUGUCCCAGAUGUCAGCCCCGGAUGGGUAUGGGUCAGAGGUGGGUCAGAACCAGGCUUACAGCUAUGCCCCGUCCCAGAGUUAUGCACCCUCUCAGGUGGGCUACGCCCCCAGCUACAUAGGCCACCGCUACUCCACACGCUCACGCAUGUCUGGCAUAGAGAUAGACAUCCCUGUUCUAACACAAGGCCUCUGAGGGAGGGCUGCUGCAAGAACACUGAGUCCUGGUUCCAUUUAGCUGUCCUGUCUCCUGUAAAGGGUGUGUACUGUCAGUGAAGGAUAUGACUGUUGGUCAGUCUGCACUAGAAAUACAACUGUGUGUCACUCAACCAAGCACUGCACUGUUAGACACAGUUUAGUAUGCAGGCUCCACAUCUGGUGAAAGGACACCAGAGAUGCCCCAUAAUGAAGUCUGAAUUCACUGUUAUAUUUUGAUUGAAAACAAUAUUUUCUAAUCACACCGAUUUGUACAUCUCUUCUUAAUGUAAAUCUGCUUGAAACCUCAUAGCAGUUCUACACUGUAUAUUGUUCACUAAUAUUUCAAAAUGAACUAAACUGUACUCUAACUGUGAGGUAACCUGAUGUAGUGAGGUAAAAGGGAGUGACACUAACUGACUGUGAUGUCUUUGUUGUGUUUUUUUAAUGUGUGUUGUUCAUAUUGUUGGUAUGUGAAGAAAUGUAAAUAUAAUAUGCUAUGACAUGGGAAUGUCCUAAUGACUCAUUCUCUUUACCCAUCAACAGUACAGCAGUGGCUCUGAGGCCAUGACUUUUUAUAUGUACACAUAAAUUAGAUAAUUUUGUAUCUAAUUCACAUAUGCCACUGAAUAUCAAUCAAAUGUAUAAAGCCCUUUUUACAUCAGCACAUAUCAUGAAGGUGGUUGUUGACCUGUCUCCUUUGUUAAGGUGCCUGGGAGGUAUGAUUGAACCAGAACACAUACUGCUCCUCUGUGGCUCUGUCUGCUACUCAGACCAAAGGAACGUCAAAAUGAACAUCUUAUUUUAGCUCUGGAACACUGCCAUCUGUCGCCUGUCCUUUUUGUCAAAUUGUAUGUCUACACUGAGCUGUGUAAGCAAACGUAGAGCUACUCUUGUUUCCACUUCAUUCAUCCACUACUGGGCUCCUGAGUGGCGCAGCAUCUCCGUGCUAGAGGUGUCACUACAGACCCUGGUUCGAUUCCAGGCUGUAUCCAUGAUUGGGAGUCCCAUAGGGCGGUGCACAAUUGGCCCAGCAUUGUCUGGGGUAGGCCGUCAUUGUAAAUAAGAAUGUGUUCUUAACUGACUUGCCUAGCUAAAUAAAAAGUUAAACUGUCAUUGAUUUCACAUGAAGGGGGGGGGGGGUUCACUACACUGUAACAUCACAUUCCAUUGGCUGUGCUGGUUCUAAAAUGGUAGAACACUGACUGAAUGCACUGGGCCUCUUAUGAAUCUACAAUCUAGAGAAAGGAUUCUGUGAUUUAUGUUGCAUUCUAUCACUAAACACUAAACACAAACUGUCCUCUAAAUCGUGUGUUGACUUCCAUCUUAAAUACCCUUUGUAUCAGCCGUAACAUAUCCGACAUGCUCUCUCUGUUGCAGUACUGCAUGUACAGUCUAAUGUUCUUAUCUCUAUGGAAAAUGUCUUUGUUCACCAGACCCUUUUCUCAAUAGAAAGUGUAUCUAAUUAAACUGUGUUCCUCACCACGGCC